AUCAGGGGCGGGGCGGCGGCCGGCGGACCCGGAAGCGGCGCGGCUGAGUCACCCAGGCGGCGAGCGGCGGCGGCGAUGAGGCAGCAGCUGCCGGCGUCGUCCCCCGGCGCCUGAGGAGCCUCCCCGCGCCCUCCUUGCCUCCUUCCCUCCCGCCCCGUCGCGCCCCAGCCCCGCCGCCACCAUGAUGGAGGAGAUAGAUCGGUUCCAGGUGCCCGCCGUGCGCGCCGAGAUGCAGCCGCUGGAUCCAACAGCUGCAUCUAUUUCGGACAGAGAUUGUGAUACAAGAGAGGGAGAGACUGUAGCCAUGAACUAUAAGCCGUCCCCACUUCAAGUGAAAUUAGAGAAGCAGAGGGAGCUGGCUCGGAAGGGCUCCCUGAAGAAUGGCAACAUGGGAAGCCCUGUUAAUCAGCAGCCGAAGAAGAAUAAUGUGAUGGCACGAACAAGGCUCGUCGUUCCCAAUAAGGGCUAUUCGUCAUUAGAUCAGAGUCCGGAUGAAAAGCCACUGGUAGCCCUGGAUACGGACAGUGAUGAUGACUUUGACAUGUCCAGAUAUUCCUCCUCGGGAUACUCAUCAGCUGAGCAGAUCAACCAAGACUUGAACAUCCAGCUGCUAAAGGAUGGGUACCGGUUAGAUGAGAUCCCAGAUGACGAGGACCUCGACCUAAUCCCCCCUAAAUCGGUCAACCCUACCUGCAUGUGUUGCCAAGCCACCUCCUCCACCGCCUGUCACAUCCAGUAGUGAGGCCGGCAGGCUGUGAUCAGUGCUUUCCACUAUAACUGUAAAACUUAACAGCCAUUGCUUCCUCCUAUGGUAGGACGUGCACCUCUUUGUGUUCAUGGAGCCCGGAGAAACCAAAAAAUUCAUUUUAUGAUUGGUUGAUAAGUUAUUUUAAACUAUGGUUAAACAAAAGAGAACUUGCUCAAAAUGCCAGGCAGCGCCUGGCAGAACUGACUGUUCUGGAGAGCAAACACAGGGGGGUUCAGAUUUACCUCCUUGGUUUGCAUAGGCACUGGGGGAUGUUUUGUAAGGUGCCUGUUCCAGAAUAGAAAGUAUCAGAUGGGGCUGCAGGUAAUCCUGCCCACCGAAACCAAUCCAUCUGUGAGAUCAGGGGUGACUCUGAGGUGCCAGGGGAUUUUACCAGUGAGAGGAUGUCAGUCUUAAUUCAUUCACUAAACCUGUUUCAUUUGCAUAACCAAAAUGAUACUGUAACUGGGGCACAGGAAUGGGAACAAAGCAAGGAAUGCUUUCUUAUGGCAAGGGUAGCCAGGACUAGCAUGACACAAUUCAUUAACUUGUGAAGAGGAUAAAUAGGUGGCAUUUCACUGUGAGUCAGUACUAGCUAGAGCUGUCGUGUCACAUAUCCAAUGCAAUCUACCCUUAGCUCCACAUUAAAUUACCACCAAACACAUCAGAUUCAAUUUACAGUCCAUCUGUGCUCUUCAGGGAUUCAGUCCUUGCCCAAGCAUACCAUACUCCUCAGCUCAGUCUAGUCACGUAUACUGACUUCAGCCUAUACUUUAUUCCUGUGAGACCCAUCUGCUUCCAAAAAUCUUAAACUUUGUUCAACUAAGAAAAAAUGAGUCCUGCACAAGACAGGACUAGAACUGUACAGUCUGAAGGUCAGUGCCGGAAAAGCUACUUGAAGAAAACACAUUUUUACAGUGCUCAACUGUUGAUACUCUCUUGACACUGUGUCUCUUGGUGCCUGUGGGAGAGACUUACUAACGCUGAAGACAUCUGUGUGGUGGUGUCAGACUUUAGGGGAGUUUUCAGCAACAGCAGGAUUAUGAACAGCUCCAGCUGAAAAAAAACACGAGAGGAAACUACUGUUUAUCCCAUCUUGGCCCACUGUGGACCAGGCUUGGUCUGUGUUAGAGCUGUGCUGUGUCAGGAGAAAUUGUGUUUAUUUGGUACUGGAAUAAUCAGGAUACCUGGCAUUGCAUUUGGUUGCUGGACUGGAUUUCCAGUUCACCAGCAGAUUGUUUUGAAUGCAAAACCAUUUCUGGAAUUAGGAAAUGUGUCCUCUCCCUGGCCAAUCUUGGACUGCUGGCUUCAUCAUAUGUGGAGCUCAGGCGAGGGAUGGGCUGGCAUUUUUCUUGGUGUUGAAAUCUUUUGCCACAGGCAUGACUGUGUGUUUUGCUGCUCUGCCAGGAGGAAGGACCACCUGCCUUGGGUCAUCACUUGCUUAAUACCCUGGGGAAGAGAAAAAGCAAGGGCAAUUCUGAGCUUCCCAUCAGAAUCAGAAUUCCUGAGUCACAAGGCAGAGACUGAGCUCCACCCCGACAGAUAGAUCCACCGUCUGAAAUCUGCGUGAAGUGAGCUGAGUCUUUAAGAAGUCCUCUUCAUGAUUAGGAGGUUUAUUUAGUAUUCUGGCAUUUCACUCUGUGCAGUGCAAAGCAGGAUACCAUCCACAGCAUGAUUAAAAGAGCAGGCACACAAGAUUCCUGCACUUUAUUAUUCACUAUCUCGUAUGGGCAACUAUUUAAGUUACGUUUGACCCCCACCCCCAAAACAGCAUGCAGCCACACUGGCUCCAGGCCACAGAAGGAGGACUGAGUGGUGCUGUUUACUGUUUACUGAGCAUCCCUGUGUCCUCGUGCAGAAGUGCUGGUUAAGUUGCCAGCUCUUCUAUGAUGAGUGUUCCUCAAGUAAAUUCCUCUCCCUUUCUCACCACCUGGUAAUACUGUGGGGAAAUAUUUCCAAAAUGUUUCUAAAGAAGCAUAAAGCAUCAGGUCUCCAGUUCUUCCUUCAUGUGCCCGCUUUCCUCUCCAGUGCUAGCUCAGGUUGAGGUUAGCAAGCUGCCUGGACAUGGGGGAAGAGCUUUAACUACGCUGUGUACAGAGAAAAUAUAAAAGGGGAAAAAACAUUCCUUAAGGAGUCUUUAAUGGGGAAUGCAGUUAAAACCUAACAAAUACCAUUGUCAAAUCAAAUCCUAUAGGACAUGACCAUUUCUCUUUAAAUCUUCACUCUUCUAAAAUCGCACUUUGCAGUUCAGAAUUGAUACCAUGCAAUAUCUUCAUUGCGUUUAUCCUCCUGGGUCAGUCUCUGUGCCUUCCAGCCAGGCUGCACACUCUCAGCCUUUCCCACAGCCCUUGCUCAGGAGCUCAGAGCUUUUCAGUGUGCCUGCUUACAUGGGUCAGCCAUGGAGGACUGCAGGUCCCACAGGUCUCUGUCAUGCUGCCAUCAUGUUCGGUCUAAGAUAGAAUGAAGCUUGCUGACACUGUAUCUCCCAGGGUUAGCUCCUCCCCUCUGAAGGACAGACCUUCCCUGAUAACCGCUGCCCCAUGGCACCAUAACCAAGUCCUUUUAUUGCCCCUGUUGCUGUUUUUUGCCUGCCAUGUUCCCUGAGGCAUUCCUCAACCCUGCAACUGCCCUCAGCCCUUUGCGUUUGUGAUGUGCAUCUGCUUCUAGCACAACCCUUUAGGGAGGGAGGGAGAUGAACUGAAACGUUACACCCAGUGUUUCCUCCAAAUACAGACUGAAGCACAAGCCAAGUGUUUUUCCCUGUGCACAGAAGGAGUUGGUUGCAGAAAUAGCUGGUUUGGCAUGAUAGUACAGGACCAUAAAAUGGCAAUUUUUUGGCUUCUCCUCUCUAUGGUUUGUGUUCAUAUAUUUUAUUAGGGGAAUAAAGUAGAAGGGGUGGGGAAAAGUAGUUACCUGUGUAGGGUCAUUAUCAGGAAGGCUGAAUGGAUUAGCAAUGCACAUGUGGCGAUCAUAAAGAAUCGAACACUAACCCUUCUGAACUACAGCCCCUUAAGCAGGUUAUGACCAUGCAGCAUGUUUGUUGGCUCAUUAUGGAAUAUGGUGGACAGCCCACCAGUACGUAUUAAAUGCAGACAGGGCUGGCUGCCCCUAUCAGGUCUCGUGUUCAGACCUUUGCUUCAGCCAGAAGGUUUUCCUUGUGCCCUCAUUAGAGGUUACGCUGUGAUGACUUCCCAGGAGGGGGUAUAGAUACAUACAUGGCCUUUCUGGCACUGCUCUCUUUAGACCAGUCUGCCGCCAUGGCCUGGAGAAGGCAAAAACAAAGAGCAUGGACCCUGACUCUCUGUCGCAGCAGUAUAAACCCCUAAACUCUGCAGAGCUUCUGGGCAUUCUCCUAAAUGCAGAUUGCAUGCAAGAAAGCAAAUAGUUCCUUGUUCCAUUCUUUGCACCAAACCAGAUGGUCUUCUCAGGCCCCAUUUUUGGUCCAAAGCUGUACAGAAUAUCAAGGAGGGGAGCACCAUGGGGUAUGAAAGGCUCCAUUGCUGUCCAUCUAAAUUGCCAUGCAAAUAAGAUUUAAGGAUAUUGAUGCUGUUGCCUCCACAAAGGAAUUUGCAUUUGAUGCCUCCUAAAGCCAGGAUGGCUGUUAGGCUUUUAUGUAAUUUCAGUCACCAAAUUACCUGAGUUUAAGCAAGUCCUUUCCUUUUCUCAGAUGCUAAUUUUGCCCUUUAAUGUGAGCUGGCUUUAAACUUCAGGGUCUUAGCACUCAACUCUGUCUCUCUGGUCUGAAAACUCCCCAUUUCCAGAUGUCUGUGUGAGGAGGAACAUCCUCCUAGUGUUGAGGAAGGUCUUCAGAUAACAUGGUCUAGUCUGCUUUUCUGGUGCUUGUAAAUAAACUUUGGCUGAAAGGAGACUGAUGUCCAGGCAACCAUCCCAAAGGCUCAUUUGGUGUCUUACCAGACAUAUCUUGAAGCAAACCCUUGGAAGAAUGACUGAAUCAUAACUGGCAUUGCUGCAUGUCUACCCCCAACACAUAUGCUUGGCCAUUGGGUCUGCUAUGCUGUUCUUGCUGUCUUGGCUGCAGAUGUCUUGUGACUGCAAAAUCUGGCUACCAAGCCUGCUGUGUGGAGUUUGAAAGGGAAUUCAGGAUGCUCCCCCAUGGACAGGAUGGACUCAGCUGCUUCUGGUUUGUCUCUCCAGCUCCUUUCCCAAAAGGAGGCAUCCACCCUGCUCAGUUGUCUCAGUUGUGUGCUGGCUGACAUACUGGUCUGCAAUCCCGAGCAGAAUCCUUUCCACUCCAUACAGAGUGUCCUCAGGCUGGUCUGCAAGCUGUACAAUGGCAUGCAGGAGGCAUGAGAAGUACAGCACCUUGUGACUCAAUAGAAACAUGAACAUGCUUUUGAAGAAAGGAAGGACCCAGCUGGGCACCAGAUGGAAUAACAGGAAAAGGAAAACAAGCAGUAACUAGAAAGGUUGCCAAGUGCUGUCUUGGCCUAGCGCAGAUCCCAGUUGUCCGAGUUAAUCUAUCUCAGUGCAGUGCUGAUACCAACGGGGAGUAAAGCUCGCUUUCACAUGCACACACCAGAAACACUGUGUCCCCAAUCUGGCACUACAGCCAAAUUCUCCUGCGGAGAGUCUGCUGCACUGUUAGAGCACAGAAAUGGGAUCUGGGGUCCCUUACUACUGUUGGCAUGCGGUACACAUUUGCCCUAACCUCAGGCAAGUCACAUCCCCUCUUGAUGUCCAUUCCCUUCUGCAGCACAGGGGAGAAACCUGCCUUCCCAAGAUGCUGCCACUGCCCUGUUGCCAAGCGUGUGAUGGGCACUAUUGAUAGCAUAGCUCUGCAAGCAAGAUACAGAAAGCAUGCUAUAAAAUUUUUAUGGCCAUUUUCAAAGUACUACUCUGCUUUCCCUCCACUUACCAGCUUCUGAUGUUGCUUGCGUGUGCCAGAAGGCUGCAGGAUGGAGGUUAGUAGAGAGAUUAAACAGCUUUUGGGGAAGAUGUUUGGCGAGGAUGUGUUUCCCAGUUAUUUGGCAGCUGACUUUCGCACAACUGGCUUCUCAAUCCGCAUGCUGCUACAGGGAACAUGUAGGAAGAUUUGGUGGCCCAACAGCACCAUCCCCUGCUAAUAGUAGAGUUAAGGAAUGUAGGAGUGCAACUGGGAUAGUGAGUGCUGGUGGGAGGAAAGAGAGCACUGAAGGGCUCAUUUGGGAUAUUUCAAUGCUGUUUUAUGCUCUUACUUUUAUCAUCCAUGUAAUCAUCUGAGGGUAUAAAAUUGGCAGUUUUGCCUGGGCUCUUCCAUUUUCCCUUCAAGCUCACAUGGGUAUGGCCACUCUUACCUAGAAUGAAGUAGGCUUUGUGACUUAGCUGCUGCUUGGCUCAGCAAGCACUGGCUGCAUAUGCAAAAGCAGCAUCUGUAUAGAUGGGCAGUGCCACAGGGCAACCUGGGCUACGUUGAGCCUAAGGGGAAAUCAUGGGAAGGUCUUAAUUUUAAGGUGCUUUUCAUCUCUAGGAGAACAUUGCAUGCUUGUCAUUUCCUUUCAAGGCUUUCCUGUAAGAGUGAUUGUUCCAAACCUUGAACCAAAUCUCAUCAGACAAACCCACCUCCGUUACAGAGCCACACAAUCCCUGAAGCAGAAGAGCCAGCAAUUUAGCACAGAGGAAGAGGUUGUGACCUGAGGUUACCUGCAGAAGAUUAAUGCAGGUUUCUCACAGGGACUGGCAUCUGUAUUUUAACUCCCUGUACUAUGCAGCUGAGCUGCUGCAUUGCUUCCAAAACGUUACAGCUACACCCCCUCCUUUACCCUCCUUGACUGUGGUGUCAAUCCCAGGAUCGCAGCAGCUAAAUGCUGCCUGGCUGAGCACUGGGGAGGCAAAGGUUGGGGACUAAUUGAGAUUACAUGGAGCAGAGCACAGUGGCCCAUGCAACCAUGCAGCAAGCCAUGUUGCAGAGCAGCACAGGCACUGGCAGGACAGAUUGCAGCUUUCCCUGCUUCCUGUGGAGAGCAGCUCUUCCCAUUGCUUCCCAGACCCACUUGUCACUGGUGGUGGCUUCGAGCCUCUUUCUCUAAAAAGCUGAUCCAGCCAAAGAUAGAUUUGCUCCUGGAAGAAGCCCUCCUCACUGGUUGUGCCUGGUCUGUGGAGCCAUUUCCAUAGUAACAAAUGGUGAUACAGGUGGUGGGAUUGCAUCAGGGAGUCGAAGGGACAAAAGAAGCCUCAUUACAGUGUGACUGCCUCAGACGUGUCUUUGGAUUCUAGGACAGUAGGCACCAGCAAAAGAAAAGGCCACUGAGAGGCUGUGCUAAGAUAAGUCCUGUUACCUGCCGAGAUGUUUACCAUCCCAGAGCAGCAUUUCUUCCUUAGUUGCCUAUCCAGCUGCCCCAGAUGAGCUUACUGAGAAGCACUGCUCUCCACCCAGGCUGCCCUCUUGCUUCUGCACCCCAAAAAAGCUGUGACUCCAUUUGUUACCCACCUUCCUUGAGCCUGCAUGAUUUGGGAGAUGCAAAGUUUCUUGGGAGAUGUAAUACGGAUGCAUGGAGAGAGCUGGGAAACUUAAACAAGCUCUCUUCUCAACAGUCCUUCUGGCUUUUAUCACCUUCAUCUUCUUAUCCCCAGCUCACAGGUUUCUUUUGCAUGGAAGAGCUGCAGUAGCAGCUGUGUUUGGCUUGCAGCUGCCUCUGUCCUGAGACAAACCCAAGGCGAAUGUCAGACCAGUGACAAAUCCAACAAAUGAGAUGGUGGGUGAGCCAGAGAGCAGGCUGGGAUUUCUCUUCACCCGCCCAAAGGCUGUGGGGCUGAAGGUUCUCCAGGCGAGUGUAAAGCCUUGGUGUGAUGCAGCAAGCCGAGCCAGCCGCCCUCACCCUCCCAGUGCCAGUGCUGCAGCAGGUCUGGGAGCCAAGUGCCCGGUCCCAGGGCUGCCACCAGCCCACGUGCUCCUGGUGCAGGGUGGAGACCUGCAAGCAGUGGCACGGGUGGGAUGCCUGUCGGCUGUGCUCUUGCUGCGCUGGGGCAGGGCGCUGUACGAGGCGCUGGUAGGGCUGUAGUUCUGCAGGGAGGAAGACUCUUGCAGAGGAUGAAGUCUUUGCAGGGGAGAAAAUGGAGAAAGUUGGGGGGUUUUAAUCCCUUUUUGCACAUUUUUAACCAUUUUUACUCCUUCCACAGAGGCUAUUGAACCUUCAGUUUAAUAAAGGAAAUGAACCACCAUGAAAUAGAUUUCUGAAGGGUCUGAAAGCAGGUGCUACUUGCAUGCAGAGCUGGUCUGUGCCUAACAUGCAACUUCCAGACCUCAUUGUAUAGCCUGUAGCAGAGUCGCCACGUGCAACGGGGACUGGGGUGGGAGAGUCAGUGUUGGCCACCGUGCCAAACGGACACAGCUUCCCAAAUUGAAGAAUCAGACCAGAAAGUGGGUGAUGGAGCAGCGACAGUAGAAGGGUAGCUAGUUGUUACAGGUAAUCUUUGGUAUCCAUGUCCAGUGGUUAGUCCUAGAAUUGCAAGCCUUGUUAUAUUGCACACAUCCUUCUUCCACUCCUCAAAGCAGCCAUUGCCUUUCUUCCCCCUCCUGCCCUACGCACUAAUGAUGAGCAUCGGAGGCAGCUGCACCAAAGUGACUCUCAGCCCAGUUCUGCAUCCCCCCUCCUACCCGAACCCAGACAGUCGUUGGCCAUCACAAGUGGCUCGUGUACCAUAGCUUCCUCCGCACACACUCCAGCAGGGCAGUAUAGGAGGCUCUGACUGUGUCCCAAGAAGCUUCUUUUUCCCCUAGCAGCACCUUGCAGACAUGCACCUUACUGGGAAGUUACUGGGUCAAUGCUGGUGAGAUCUGGCACUGCUGAUCUUGCGUAGGUGGCACUUGAUGGGGAUCCACUGGGGGAAGCAGGCAGAAAGUGGCUACUGUCCCUUUUCUUUUCUUUUUUGAGGGAGAGGGGGAUUUUUUUGGCAUUAUGAUUAUUGUCCACCUUCCAGUGGCCAAGUUCUGGGCUGCAUUAAUAGUUGGAAUUCAUUGGCUGUCUGGGCAGGUAUGCAGCUUCGCACCAACUUUAAUAGCAAACGUCGUGGCUGUAUCCAGAGCCUGGAUACAGGCUGGGUUUCUCCCAUGCUGGCAAAGAGCUUUCAGCAGGCUCCAAGUAGGCAUUUCUGUCAGACAGGGAAACAGCACUCCUCUGAGUCUGGAUCAAAUCUGCACUUCCAUUUCGUGUUAUUAGCUUGGAAAAAACUCAACCCAAGCAAAUGCUUCCCAGGUCUCCUUUCCCCAUGCGGUGCCUGGCGCCCCAGGGGAGGGGGUGGCAGGAGGCAUUUCAGGAUCACCUUUUUGGAUGUAUUUAAUGGAAAUACCUUUCAGGAGGAGAGACCUCCCGACCUUUGCGUUAAUCUCAAGAGCAGGAGAUGAUUUUCCGGCUGUCCUUGCAUAUAGUGAAACAUAGCUGAAACAGCCAAAUGCAAACUAGAGUUAAAUGUAGGGUUUGACCUGAAUAACCUUUUAAUUAGGAAGAUAAAUUUGUUGUAGCUUGACCUUAGUCCAUGUUAGGAACCUACUAAUCAUUUGACAUGCAGAGUGUAUUAAUGCUGCACUUAACUUGGCCAUUGGUUUUAUUAUCUGGUUUGGGAAGUUUUUUCACUCCUGAAGCAUCAAUCUGCAUCUUGUAUGGGUUUUCUUUCUUUUUUUCCCGUUCAGAACAUGUAGCACACUGUUGUACUUCUGUUCCCGUCUGCGUAGAGUAUUGCCUUAAACAGAUCAGUUGUGUUGUGGUUUGUUUUGGGUUUUCUUUUUUCUACCAUCAGUUUUAUGCAUUAAUUUAUUUUAAAAUGUGGGGUUUUUUUCAAAAACAUGAAACAUGUAUAAUAUUUUUUUUAACAUUUCCAUUGCAGUAUUUAUCAUUGUUACUGGUUGUGUGUAGUGUAACAGAAUUAAUGAUAUUAAAAAGCAUACAUAUGAAAA